AUGGCUCCUCCUCCUAAAUACGUUAUUUCUAGAAAAUUAGUUAAAAGAUUUUUUGAUAAGUAUUUGCCUCGUUAACCUAUGGAUGUUUAAAACGAAAGUGGUAAAUUAAUGAAAUGCUGGUAAUAGUAUGGUAUUGAUGACCCUCGUUGCAAGGAAUACGAAGUUUUAUAUGAUCAUAUGUAUACUUUAACAAGAAACUAUCGUGCUAAAAUUGAAGGUCUUCGUAUUAAAGAAGAUGUUAUGGGUGCUUUGAAUCGUCCUAAAUAUCACAGUGAAGUUAAGGGUCGUUGGAGAACUGGUAAAACUACUGAAUGGGAUGUUUACGAUGGUGUUUAAUGA